CACAACGCGUCACGACAUCAACAUGUUGUAUAUGUUAUCUCUCUCUCUCUCUCUCUCUCUCUCUCAGUAGUUCUGAACUUUCCCCAAACCCAUCAAACAAGGACCCAAAAGGAGAAGAAAUGGCAGAGACUCCUCUGUUCUUCCUUUCCAUCUUCCUUCUCUUUCUUCUCUCAUCUGCAGAUCACACCCAAAACCCUAACCCUAACCCUAAUCCAACGUUGUCGCCGGCACACGACCAACUGAUGAAGCAUGGGUUCCCUGUUGGACUGCUUCCGACCAACGUAUUUGAUUACACACUCAAUCAGACCUCCGGCGAUUUCACUGUAAAACUUGGUGAUCACUGUAAAAUUAUUCUUCCUCCAGAUAACUACCUUGCUACCUACUCGAAGAAGAUUACUGGGAAGCUAGUUGAAGGUCGAAUCGCUGAGCUUGAUGGGAUCCGUGUUCGUGCUUUCUUCAAGUGGUGGUCUAUUACAGGGAUUCGGUCCAGCGGCGAAGAUUUGGUGUUCGAGGUUGGAAUGGUCACUGCUAAAUACCCUUCCAAGAAUUUCGACGAGAGCCCUGCCUGUGAGGGUCAGCGUUCGUCGUCCUGAUUCACCUCACUCAGGUUCCAUUGCUUAUGUUUCUUGAUAAGAUCUAGCAGUACUUCUAUGUAUAAACCAAGGUACUUAGAAGAUGAUAUGGUUAUUAUCCACGCAUUGUACUACAUGAAUAAUAGACUAAUGUAACCUCGUGUAUUUUUCUAUUUUUUUUUUCUUUUCUUUUCUUUUAAAUGCCUCGAAUUUCUUUCUUAAGUAUUAUAUAAUUCCCAGUCUAGCAGCAUUUCCCAA